GGCGGAAAAAGUCGCCUCUGCAACAAUCGACAGCGAAAGCCCAGGGCUCUAGACUCACUACUCACGCUCGCGAGCGACCGACGAAAUUGGGCGAAAAAAAAAGUCCUGGAAGAUCGAUAACUACGAGAACAGUUACAGCAACACAGACGGCGACGACGACAACAACGAGCGCCUCCGACUGGACCAGACUGCACCUGGCCUCGCGCGCACAAAGAUAGCCAGCAAUGACUUCUGACGCCAAUACUUCGGGAGAGGACGGGUCGGCGACGGCAGCCCAGCCUGCGCCCCAGGCCGCCAAGUCGGAAAAGGAGGCAACAGCAGAUGAGCUUGCCGCACCCCCCGAGGCUGUCAACAUGACCGAUGAGGAGGAAAUGGGUGCAGCCAACAGCAAAGACAAUAGCGAAAGCGGCAAGCUCAAGGCCCUCUUUGGCAUUCUCAAGCGCAUGGUCGGCGUCAAAGAUCUGGCCGCCAUCCGUCUCUCGCUUCCCGCCAAUCUGCUGGAACCAGUCCCCAACCUCGAGUACUGGAACUAUCUUGACCGGGGAGAUCUCUUCACAACUGUCGGCGACUUUGACGAUCCCCUCGAUCGGAUGCUCGCCACGCUUCGCUUCACCUUCACAAAGGAACUCAAGUUCGUUCACGGCAAGAUCUGCAAGCCCUACAAUUCCAUCCUGGGAGAGCACUUUCGGUGUCACUGGGAUGUCGUCCCACCAGAGAUGCGCGAAGAUGGCAGCCUGGUGCCCAAGAUGAGCCUCCUCACCGAGUCGCCUUCGGCUAUGCCUCAGGCUGGCACUUCGGUAGCGUCAACUCCAUCAUUGACGUCCAAGAAGACCAAGAGGCAGGAGAGAAAGGGCGGCGGAAGCGCCACUACCUCGGAGAGUGGAACCGACCGUCCAGCGGUGUCGCGAGGGCAGAGCGGCGUGAGCAAUUCGUCGUCUUCGGGUGCUCCGACUAUGUCGAGCCUGAGCGCCAUCACGACGAGCAAUAGCACCGACGAUGGGUCUUCGAGUGGACGCCCAUCUGCCAAGCGUGGCUUGUCCAAGUUUCUUAGCGCUGCUUCGGGCCGGAACAAGGCCUCUUCCCGCUCCAGCGUCCACUCCAGCAAGACUAACUCGCCUACGACGCCAAGCAAAUCGGCCGCAGACACUGCCGAUGAUGUUUCCAAGAUGACUCUUGACGGAAGCGCUGGUGGCGGCGAGAAGGGCGACAAGGAAGGGGACGAGAAUGGCGAGGGAGAUGACGACGAUGACGACGACGACGAUGACGAGUCAGUGGGAGGCAGCUUCAAGACGUCCAAGUCAACGGCCGAGGUGGGAAAAAGGAGAAUUUGCUUCUUGACGGAGCAGGUUAGCCACCACCCGCCGAUCUCGAGCUUCUUUGUCGAGUGCAAAGAGGCUGGCAUCCAACUGUACGGCGUCGACCAGCUCAGCGCAAAGUUUACGGGCACCACCAUUCGAAUCUUUCCUGGAGACCAGAACCAAGGCAUUUUCAUCAAGCUCACUGACGACUGCAAGAGCGGAGCCGUCGGGGAAGAAUACCAGAUUACCCAUCCCACUGCUUCGAUCAAUGGUCUCCUCAGAGGCUCGCUUUGGGUCGCCAUUUGCGACACCCUCUACAUCACCUGCCGCGGUGGCACUCGCAAGGGCGAGACCGAUGAUGGGAAGAAGAGUCCGAGAUUGAGGACGAUUGUCGAGUACAAGGAUGAGAGCUGGGUUCUCAAGGCAAAGUACGCCCUUGAGGCCGUCAUCUACGAGUACGACGAAGCGCAAGGGCAGGACGCCGACGAGUUCGACAAGAUCCGUCAGGUGCCACAAGAGCGCAUCAUCGCCACCAUGGAGGGCACCUGGAAGGGCCAGAUCACCUGGAGGAGAAAGGGGGAAAAGGAAUCCAAGCUGCUCAUCGAUCUGGACCAACUUUUGCCCAUUGACACGAGAGGCGUUCGGCCACUCGCUUCGCAAGAGCCCAUGGAAAGCCGCAAGAUCUGGGAGCCCGUGACUAAUGCGAUUCACAACAAGGAGUUUGGCGCAGCAACGAAGCACAAACAGGACAUUGAGCAGAUGCAGCGAGACAAGGCGGCCGAGCGCAAGAGGAAUGGCAGCGACUUUGUGCCCCGCUUCUUCCUUGCCGAUAUCUCCGACGGUCGGCCCAAGCUCACCGAGGCCGGGCAGAAGGCCCUCGACGGCGAGGCGCAACUCGAGGGCUACGGCACCGAGGCGUAGAACAGGCACAGCCCCUGAUGGAAUCGUAAUGAAGAAGGGCAUGACCCCCUUCAAAAGUUCUUUUAUAGCCUCUCUUGAUCGCAACGACGUUUUUAUAAGACUCUGUCUGUGUCCAGUCCUCCCCUCGCCUUUGCUGUAGAGCCCUCAUCUUUUACCUCCAACUCCUUCUCCAUCUCCUCAACACAUCCACUCUCAAGAAGUUAAUAUCGAUUCCCUCACUCUAUUUGUUGAGACGUGUGCCGACUUCCUCGUACGACAUCUACGAUGUCCAGCAGCGAGUCGACCUGGUAGAAGGAGGGAAGACUACGCUGGCUUGCAGUGUCCACUGUCUUGUUCCCCCUGUUGAUCCAAGCGGCUUGCAGGCCAGCU